UCCUUUCUCCCCACCUCCAGACCGGGAAGCGGAAAGCGAGGAGGAGGAAGAACAGCAAGACCCCAAAAAACCCACGACGGACGAGGGCACCGCCAGCAGCGAAGUCAAUGCCACGGAAGAGAUGUCCACGUUGGUGAACUACAUCGAACCGGUCAAGUUCAAAUCCUUCGAAGUGGCCAGCAAACGCAAUAAAUCAUACGAAAUGUCCUCGUUUGUGGAGACCAAAGGCUUGGAACAGCUGACCAACAGCCCCAUGGAGUUUGUCGAAUACAACAAGAAGCAGCUGAGCCGGAUAUACCCCAAAGGGACACGCGUGGAUUCCUCCAAUUACAUGCCCCAGCUAUUCUGGAACGCUGGCUGUCAGAUGGUGGCUCUCAACUUUCAGUCCCUGGACUUGCCGAUGCAGCUGAAUCUGGGCAUCUUUGAGUACAACCGCCGGAGCGGCUACUUGCUCAAGCCCGAAUUUAUGCGACGGCCCGACAAGUUUUUCGACCCUUUCACCGAAGAUAUCGUCGAUGGCAUUGUGGCGAACACGGUCAAAGUGAAGAUUAUAUCUGGGCAAUUCCUGUCUGAUAAGAAGGUUGGCAUCUACGUCGAGGUGGACAUGUUUGGGCUGCCGGUGGACACCAAGCGCAAAUUCCGCACCCGGACCUCGCAGGGCAACUCUUUCAACCCGGUUUGGGAUGAGGACCCGUUCGUCUUCCACAAGGUUGUGCUGCCAACCCUCGCCUCACUGCGCAUCGCGGUUUUUGAGGAAGGGGGCAAAUUUGUGGGCCAUCGGAUCUUGCCCGUCUCCGCCAUCCGUGCAGGGUACCACUAUAUUUCUCUGCGCAGCGAGAGCAACCAGCCCCUGUGUCUCCCAGCCCUGCUGGUCAAUACAGAAGCUUACGACUAUAUUCCUGAUGAUCAUCAAAAUUACGCCGAGGCCUUGAUCAAUCCAAUUAAGCACGUCAGCUUAAUGGAUCAGCGGGCCAAGCAGUUGGCCGCUCUGAUGGUGGAGAGCGAGGAGAACGUAGAGAAGCCGCGGGAGGCCCUGAUGAGGACCCCCUCCUGCGCAACCACGGGGCCGGCCCGAGAGGUCCAGAAGCCCCUCCCAGAUGUGCUGCCCCCAACUCGGAGCCCCAGCAUCGUGCCCAGUCAAGGGCAGAGAGAUGACUUGAUCGCCAGCGUCUUGGCAGAGGUCUCCCCUCCAUCUGUGGAAGAGCUUCGGCAGCAAAAGGCUUUUGUGAAGCUCCUGAAAAAGCAGUACCGGGAGCUGAAGGAGCUCCGUCGGAAGCACAUGAAGAAGAUUUGCAGUCUCAACAAGAAGCAGAACGCGCAGCUAACGCUGGAAAGAAGCCGGCUGCGGAGCCGGGAAGGAUAUUUCGGGCUGCAGAACAGUUUUAAAAAAUUGCCCUUCAUCUCUCGCGGAACCCCACAGUUCUCACGGAAACUAAGGUCUCAGAGCUCUUUAGAGGGAGCCCGGCACGCGCAGGAACACGAGGACACUCAACGGAAGCUCGACCUACAGGAGUGGCAGAUACAGGGCCUGCUACGGCUGCGCGAGGCUCAGCAUCGGCUGGAGAGGGAGUUGAAGCGAGAUCACCUGCGCCAGGCCCAACAGCGCUUGAGAGAGAUUUCUCAGGAUUACCAAACUGCUCAAUUGAAGAAGCUGAAAGAAACCAGUGAAAAAGAGAAGAAAGAGCUGCAGAAAAUCCUGGAUCGAAAACGGCAUAACAGUAUCACCGAAGCGAAAUCCCGUGAGAGGAGCAAGAAGGACGUGGAGCUAGCAGAAAUAAACCGAAGGCAUAUCACCGAGUCCGUAAACUCCAUUCGCAGGCUUGAAGAGGCUCAGAAACGACGCCAGGAAAAGCUACUUUUGGGGCACCAGGAAAUAGUGCAGUUGAUUGAAGAGGAAGAGCCACGGUUGAUCGCCCAGCUGGAGCAAGAGUGCGAACUGGAGAGUUUCUCAUUGACCCAAGAAAUCGGCCGUUUCCUGCAGGAAGAAUUCGAGGGGGGAGUCAGCAACGGACACCCCCCCGGGGCCAGCGUUAGCAACUUGCCGGCCGAAGACGAGCUGACGGUCCUGUGAACCGACGGGGAGCAAGCGACGUCCUCAAACGCUGGCUGGCCGCGAAAGAAAAGCGGGGGGCAGCCCCGCAU